ACUUUAGCUUAUAUGAAUAAAAGAAGACAACGGUUGACCGAAGCAGAAGUUCGUUAUUUUAUGCGUCAAAUCCUUGAUGCAUGCGAAUAUAUGCAUCGGCAUUUUGUCAUUCAUCGUGAUCUCAAGUUGGCGAAUCUCUUCUUAUCCAAGGAUAUGAAAAUCAAGAUCGGUGAUUUUGGGUUAGCAGCUCGAUUGGAACGCGAGGGUGACAGGAAAAAAACGAUAUGCGGUACUCCAAAUUAUAUCGCACCAGAAGUGUUAUUCGACCAAGUAAAGGGUCAUAGUUUUGAAGCUGAUGUGUGGUCUUUGGGCGUUAUAAUGUACACAUUAUUGUUUGGUAGACCACCUUUUCAGACGGAUGGAAAAGUUGAGCAAAUAUACAAGAGAAUCAAAGAAUUAAAAUAUGACUUUCCAGGAAAUAUUACCGACGUUUCCAAAGAAGCAAAAGCAUUAAUUAAUUUAAUGCUAACGUUGGAACCUGAAAAGCGACCAACAAUUCAACAAAUUCGGGAUAAUGGCUUCUUUAUGCUAGGAGCUAUUCCAACUGAAAUACCUGUAUCUGCACUGACUAUUGCCCCAAGUUUCGAGCUUCCACCACUUACAAAACCUCGCAUUAAUUUGUCACUUGCCAAUAGACGACCACUGCGAGUCAUCCAUGUUGGCUCGAAUCUGAAUAAUCUGAAUUCUGUUUCUACUUCGACUGCAAAGAAGUCUAUUCAUCCGGUUGAAGUAAAGACUUCGGCAUCAAAACCUGGGAAUAAGUUAAUUAAUCCUGUGACUUCAAAUACCGAAAAAAAUCCCACACAAGCUCCUAUUAUUUCUGUAACUACAAAUGCUACUGUUAAUUAUAAUAAUGCUGCUUUUGCAAGUAGUUCAUGCAUCACUAAAAAAGACUCAUCAAAUAAAGCAAGGAUCGGCGUUCUUGAAUCA